GACACACAGACACACGCACAUACACACACGCACACACACACACACGCACAACACAGACACUUGGGCGUCUGAAUCCCGUUCACUCCCACAUCUGCAGCCUCCCGGCAACGCUGCUGUUCUUCGUUCCAUCCUGUCCGAAUAGUCAUCAUGGUGUCCCAUAAGGAGUUCACAAACGCAGGGAAGCAGCCAGGCCUGCAGGUGUGGCGCAUCGAGAACUUGGAUCUGAAGCCCGUUCCGAAGGCUCUGCACGGAAACUUCUACAGCGGCGAUGCCUACUUGCUGCUCUUCGCCACCUCUGCGCCUUCAUACAACAUACACAUGUGGCUCGGUAACGAGUGCUCGCAGGACGAGAGCGGCGCGGCGGCCAUCUUCGCCACUCAGCUGGACGACUUCCUGGGUGGGAAGCCGGUGCAAUUCCGGGAGUUGCAGAGCAGCGAAUCCAACACCUUCCUGGGUUACUUCAAGUCGGGCAUCACGUACAAGAAAGGUGGCGUGGCGUCGGGUUUUCAACACGUGGUGACCAACGACUCCAACGUGAAACGGCUGCUUCACGUCAAGGGCCGCAGGGCCAUCAGAGCCACGGAGGUGGAGCUGGCCUGGGCCAGCUUCAACAAGGGGGACUGCUUCAUUCUGGACCUGGGAAAGGACAUCUACCAGUGGUGCGGCAGCGAGUGUAACCGCUACGAGAGGCUGAAGGCCUCCCACGUGGCCAUCCACAUCCGAGACAACGAGAGGAACGGGCGGGCCAAGCUGCACAUGGAAGACGAGGGCCAAGAGCCGCAGGCGUUCACGGAGGUGUUGGGACCCAAAACUGCUAUUGCACCAAGCAGUCCUGAUGACGAGAAAGUGGACGCCAGCAACAGGACGAAGGGCUCUCUCUACAUGAUCUCUGAUGCCUCAGGUUCCAUGAAGUUGACUGUCGUGGCGCCGUCCAGCCCCUUCAAGCAGUCUAUGCUGUCACCCGAGGAGUGUUACAUUCUGGAUAAUGGAGCGGACAAGAACAUAUUUGUUUGGAAAGGUCCAAAAGCCAACAUGUCAGAGCGUAAAGCGGCCAUGUCUGCAGGCCAAAAGUUUAUUAAAGACAAAGGAUACAGCAGCAGGUGUCAGCUCCAAGUACUUCCCGCGGGAUCCGAGACCAUCCUUUUUAAGCAGUUCUUCAGUGACUGGAAGGACAAAGAUGAGACCACCGGGCCGAGUCAGGCCUACUCGAUUGGCCGCAUUGCUAAAGUGGACCAGGUGCCCUUCGAUGCAUCCAGCCUGCACUCCAAUAGGGCCAUGGCAGCUCAGCACGGCAUGGUAGACGAUGGCAAGGGCAAAUUCCAGAUUUGGCGUGUAGAGAACGGUGAAAUGGUUCCUGUGGAUGCCGCAUCCUACGGUCACUUCUAUGGUGGAGACUGUUACCUUAUCCUCUACACCUACAAGACAGGACAAGUCAUAUACACAUGGCAGGGGCUAAAGGCUACGCAGGACGAACUGGCUGCUUCAGCGUUCCUCACCGUGAAGCUGGAUGACUCACUGGGAGGAUCACCGGUUCAGGUGAGAGUGACUCAGGGCCAGGAGCCCCCCCACCUGAUGAGCCUGUUCAAGGGCAAACCCAUGAUCAUCCACAACGGGGGAACGUCACGUAAAGGUGGACAGACCCAAACUGGCAGCGCUCGCCUCUUCCACAUCCGCCAGAGCACCUCCCACGCUACCCGGGCUGUGGAGGUUGAUGUUUCGGCUUCUAACCUGAACAGCAACGACGUGUUUGUGCUGAAGUCCCCGAGCGCUCUGUUUGUGUGGCGAGGCGCAGGCGCCAGCGACAACGAGAUGGAGGCCGCCAAGCACGUGGUGGGCUUCUUUGGAGGAAGCGCCAGUCAUGUUUCUGAGGGAAAAGAGCCAGACGUCUUCUGGUCCUCUCUGGGUGGCAAAAAGGGAUACCAGACAUCCAAGACUCUGAAGAAUGUGAUCAAGCCGCCGCGUCUGUUUGGUUGCUCCAACAAAACUGGAAGACUCAUUGUUGAAGAAGUGCCCGGAGAUUUUACACAGUCUGACUUGGCCACGGAUGAUGUUAUGAUUCUGGAUACAUGGGCUCAACUCUUCCUUUGGAUCGGCAAUGAAGCUAAUGCACAGGAAAAGACGGGAGCUCCCAAAUUAGCACGGGACUAUUUGGAUUCAGACCCGUCCGGCCGCAAGGGGCUGCCCACAACCACCAUCAAACAAGGAGCGGAACCGCCAACUUUCACCGGCUGGUUCCACGCCUGGGACCCCAAGAUGUGGGAGACGGAUCCUUUGGACAGAAUCCGCACUCACUUCUGAAUACCAAACUCCAAAGUCUUUCGCCAACUUUGCACCUAUUUAGCGCCAGUUGCCAUUUUGCUUGUUUGACUUCUAAUCCAUAAGUGCCAAAAGCAAAGCAGUAAUCAGAUUUUAAGGGUGAUAGCAUCCACGCCGUCCUCAUUUUGCCACCUUCUAUCAUUAAAAAAAAGCUCAAUAUGCGAGACAUUUAAGACAGCUGUGUGCACCUACUUAAUAUCAACAUGCUUUUUAUCUCCAUACACACCGUUUAAUCCAUGACCACACUGUUGUGGUUUUUGUUAGUACUGGAGUGUUGCCCUUCCUAGAAGUUGCAUGCCGCAUUUUUAUCCUGCUGUGAAACGUGUCUAAGUAUAUGCAUGCACACAUGCCACAAUUUAGCACUGUGUCCAUGAAAUGCUCUCGUGGAAAGCUUUGAAAUAAAAAAACUCUUUUGAGUUAAAA